CCUAAUUUUAUGACACUACUAAAAGCGGUAAGAUCCAAAGUUACAACACCCCAACAAAAGCCUUCCCCGAUCAUUUGGAUUACAAGACAACUCCACUUUGCAUACCUGGCCAGAUCGAGACCUGACUGGCAAACCCUGCAAAUUCAGCUACACUUCUUCAGGGAUCAGUGCAGAUGCAUUAAAUCCUGAUCCUCACAUUCCAAAUUGAGAACAAUGCGAACAAACUGACAUAAUUUUCAGAAAAUUGGCACUCGGCGUGGAAGCGAAAGAACAAUAAGGAAAGAUUUACAAAGCAGUGUUAAAUCUAUGGAGGAAUACCCAGAGGAGCUUCGAACGCCUCCUGUGGCGUUGGUCUCUCUGGUAGGAGUACCGGAGUUGCAUUCCACCAUAUCCAAUUUCUUGCACUCGGAGCAGCCCCCAAUAAAUACCCUCGCUCUUCCCGAUUUCAAUAAAGCUUCUAUUAUUGCUAAAAAGGAGAAACAAGAGCAAGCCCCUGGUCAUAUGAUCCAGCCCACGAAACCCCAUGGAAUUCUCAAGACUGACUGGCUAGUAAAGAACCGCACACGCGUGCCUGCUGUAGCGGCGGCUUUGUUUAGCAGAGAGCAUGUGUAUGGAGAUCCCGCGCAGUGGCUGCAGGUCUGCACCAACCUUGAUACCCUCAAGGCUGUGAUACGCGGAAGAAACAUCAAGCUAGUUGUGAUUGUAGUACAAUCAACUCAAAGUGAUGAUGUGAAUGAAGAUCGUCUGGUAGCUCUUAGGAAGCGAGCAGAAGUUGAUGCAAAAAGCUUUUCAAUUUUUGUUAAGCAUGAUUCAUCUGAACUAAAUCGAUCUCUAUUUAGGUUGGGCAAUAUUUUUGGAGAGUUGUCAAAUGCAUAUUACAGGGAGGAAGGACGGAGGUUCAAACUCCGCUUAGAAAAAAGAAACUUUAACUCGAUUGAACUGAGUGUUCGUUACAAUUUCAAGGUUGCUGUGUAUGCGGAGUUCCGAAGAGAUUGGGUAGAGGCUUUGAAGUUUUAUGAAAGUGCAUAUGGUGUUCUUCAAGAGUUGAUUAAUAACCCAGCUGAAUUGCAUCCAAUCCAACGAUUGGUUGAAAUCAAAGCAGUGGCAGAGCAGGUACACUUCAAAGUGUCAACAUUACUGAUGCAUGGUGGAAAAGGAAUAGAAGCAAUAAAAUGGUUCAGACAGCAUAUGGCUUUGUAUGCAAGAUUGGUGGGGUCACAAGAAGCUGCAUUUCUUCACUGGGAAUGGGUCAGCAGACAAUAUCUUGUGUUUGCAGAGUUACUUAAAGCGAGUUCAGUUGGAGCUUCGACAUUUACAGGUCCUUUAUCGAGCAUGCCUGAAUCACCUGUUACAGAGUGGGAACAACAACCAGGGUACUAUUUUCAGUUAGCAGCACAUUUUAUGAGAGAGAGACGAAAAGCCUUCAAGUUUGCUUUAGACAAGUUUGAAGCCUCUGAAAAUCGAGCAGCAGAUGUGUUACAAAUAUCCUCACAAGAAAUAGGGCCACCUCUUUAUGUUGGACAAUAUCCACAACUCUUUGACGAUGCUGGCAAUGUUUAUGUUCGAAGUCUUACUGAAACAGAAUAUUUGGGGCAUGCCAUUGUGGAGGAAAAAUUGUUUAACCAUUCACAUGCUGUGAUUGAUCUACUUAUGAAAGCUUAUGAGGAGCAUAAGAUGGUUAAUGCUAGUAGAAUGGUUUACCAUGUUGGAAGUGAGAUGGGCCGUGAAUAUUUCUCUGCAAGGGAGUAUGCAAAUGCCAAGAGACUCUUUGAUUCUGUUGCAGGGUUGUACAGACAAGAGGCCUGGGUAGCAUUGCUCUGGGAAAGUCUAGGUUACUUGAAGGAAUGUACAAGAAAACUGCAUUUGUUGAAAGAGUAUAUUGAGUAUUCUCUUGAGAUGGCAUCUUUACCUAUAUUAUCUGGUCCUGAGGUGGAUGGCCUUACUUCUCAAGAUGAGUAUGUGCCAGCAGGUCCACUUUCAUAUUUACAAAGGGUCAAUAUAUAUGAAGAGGUGAUUGGAAUCUUGCGAGGAGAAGCCCCUCUUUCACUGGCUCAGGAAGGAGAUAGUGCUCUUUCUGUGACAGAGGCUAAGCCUAUUGUCCUAGAAAUUGAUCUUGUCAGUCCUUUGAGAGCAGUUCUUUUGGCUUGUGUUGCAUUUCAUGAGCAGGUUGCAAAACCAGGGAGCACAACCUUCUUUACUUUGUCAUUACUAACUCAUUUACCCCUACCAAUUGAAAUACAUGAGUUGGAAAUUCAAUUCAAUCAAUUUUCAUGUAAUUUCGUUGUUCAAAGUGAAAAUAGACGAGUGGUGCUAAACCCUUCCAAUGCUCAGGGCCUUAGAAUCCAGACAGUGACAGACUUGGAGCUACAGCCAAAUAAGUGGAAGAGAUUAUCAUUUAAUGUUAAUGCAGGUCAAAGUGGGAAAUUGGAAUGCCUGUCAGUUAUUGCACGUUUAGGACCUCAUUCAACCAUCUGUUGCAGAGCUGAAAGUCCAGCAUCUAGAGAAGAUUUGCCACUUUGGAAAUUUGAAGAUAGACUGGAAACUCUUCCUAUGAGAGAUAUCAAUCUUUCUUUCUUUGGACAGAAGGUUAUCCAAGUAGAAGAGCCAGAACCUUUAGUGGAUGUUGUUUUAAGUGCAUCAGGGCCUGGAUUUGUUGGGGAGAUGUUCCCAGUUUCUGUUAUUGUGAAUUCUAAAGGGCAUCCUAUCCAUGCUGGAGAGUUAAAGAUUAAUAUUGUUGAUUCAAAAUCAGGUAUAACGGCGAGUCCACGGGAGGCUGCCUCCCCAUCUGUGCAGUCUUAUCAUGUAGAACUUUUGAUGGACCCAAGCAAUAUAGAUAGUUUAGAAAGAGUAACAGGAGCUGAGGAAAACUCUCAGAGUUGCUCAGGUCUUCUGUCUCUUCCAUAUGUAGACGUAGGCAACUCAUGGUCCACUCAGUUAUUCAUACGAUGGCACAAACCAAAGCUGGUGACAUUGUUUGUUUCUCUAGGAUACCACUCCAUUUCUCAGAAUGGAAAAGAAGAAGCUUCUCAAAUGACCCAUGUGCACAGAAGCUUACAGAUAGAGGGUAAGACUGCUUUUACCAUAAAUCACAGUUAUAUGACACCUUUCCGAAGAGACUCUUUAUUACUGACAAAUAUUCAUAGAAAAAAGGAAUCUGUUCCACCCAUUUCAUUGGCUUUGAAUGAAACCAGUGUACUUGUGGUAACAGUGAAAAAUUCCUCUGAUCUUCCUCUAAGAUUGGUAUCAAUAACUGUUGAAGAGGAGGAUGGUAGUUCAUGCUCUGUAAGGACAACAAAUGCAGUUUAUGAUGGAUUUAACGACAUUGCAUCAGGGAAUUUGGAAAGUUGUGACAGCUCAACAGGACCUGAUCUUUCUCGCUUGUUAAUGCCAGAUGAAACAUUCAAACAAAUAUUUUCCAUAUGUCCCUUGAUUACUUCUUCAGCACUUUGUGUGGGAACUAUUUAUAUGAGAUGGAAAAGAGAUACAGAAUCCAUCCAGUCAUUAUCUUGUGAUCAGGUGAAGGGUGAUUCUCAUUCUCAGCCUUUAUUUUUUGGUUUGCCCUCAGUGAGCUUAACACAAGUAAAACUUUCACCUAUAUGUGUGGAGAAGGCACCAUUAAUCAUCAGUGUCCGGUGCCCUUCUCAUGCUUUACUAGGAGUGCCCUUCACCCUCUCUCUGAACAUAAAAAAUGAGACUGCUCAUCUGCAGGAAAUUAAAUUUUCAUCAGUUGACUCCCAGAGCUUCCUUCUGUCUGGAGCCCAUUGUGAUACAAUUUCAGUUUUGCCUUAUGCCAGUCAUAUGUUGUCUUACAAGCUUGUCCCACUAGCAUCAGGCCUGCAGCAGUUACCACAGGUUAUUCUUACUGCUAGUCGGUACUCAGCUAGUUUUCAUCCUAAUCCAGCCAGCACACAGCUAUUUAUUUUUCCAUCCAAUCCUCAUUUGAAAUUUGAUCCUUCCAGUUGUGUGGAGGAGGGUAUUGUAAAUUCUGGAUCAAUUCAUGCAAGUAAAUGCCAACAGUAAUUGAAACACUUUUUUUAUUGAAAAAGCUUGAAUGGAUGACAACUUACCGAGUACCAACAGCAGAAACUGUUUUUCAAUUUUACAUGAGUCAAGUCAGAAACAUGGAGGCGUCUGAUGUUUCUUUGUUUCUGAUGCCAAGUGUGGUACUCAAAUUAGUCAUAGAGACAGUUGAGUCAAGCUAGAUCUCUAAUGGGAAGUCUGUUUCAUGUAUAGCCUCCCUAUCACACCUGUAUCAUUAUUUGUACUGUCUUUUUGUCUUGUAAACAAAUCAUUUUUUAUUUGGGUUAAUAUUGAAAUAUUCCCAAAUAUGUGUCAGCCAAAGGCUCUGUUGAGUGGUUCUGCUCCAUGGAAAAAUUCUCUUGAUGCUUACUAAAUGAGUGAUCAAGAUGUGUCUAUUCUGGAAAACUGUAACCAUGCUUCAAUGACCAGUCCUGAUCGGCCAGUUAUUGAUGAGGCUGGAUUAAAUGAGAACUAAAGUUAUGUCAAAUCAUUGAUUCAAAUAGUUUGACAUUGCUAUGGAUAAUGGCUUAUAAACAUGAGCAUGAAACUCCUUGCAACUAUAUAGAUUUGAGCCAUACGACACUCUACAAAGAUAUUCGAGUCAUUCUGAUUCCUGACUGCUCAGAAACCGAUGUUGCAUUUUUCAAUGAAUUUUUGUCUUAGAUCAACUUGUACUGUAUUAGUUUGGAUGCAUUUAUUUUUAUAAUCUUUAGAUCUUCUAAGUUCCUUAUCAGAUAACAUUCUGGUUGUAACUCUCAAUAAAGUUCAGCAUUGGUCAUUUAACAUACAAAAUGGCAAUGCCAUGUUGGUCCUUAAAUUACUGUGCAAGACCGUAUUGCUAUAUUUACCCAUUUAUAUUUAUCAAUAUUUACUGUGAUUUCAGAAA